UUAUGGUUGGAAAAAUAAGUCACCCUACAACAUUGUUAACCCCUGACAAUAUGCAUAGCGCUUUUCAUAAUGUGCAUUGUUAAAAAGCAACAUAAUACCAAUCAUAUAUGAAGGCAUUGUUAACAUUAAUAUCAAAGUUGCGUUUUUCGUGAUUUAUCUAGUCCUAAAAUAAACUUAUUCUAUACGUUUCUUCAACUUAUUUUGAAAAACCAAUAAACGUAUGUAUACACACUCCACAUUUAGGAAAUUUAGUGCAUUUCAUUGUCCAGGUCACGCACCUCGCCACAAGAUGCCGCUCAAUCUUAACAAGCGUCUGCCAGAAAACCAUCGAGUAAAUUACGACAGCCGAACUGGCUUGUAGUUUUUCAUCAUCUAAUUGUCUCUGGAGUUAUAUGUUUUGAUUUUAAAUACAUUUAGAUAAAUCCAAAAUGCACGAAGUCGUCUCCUUACAGCCGUGAUAUCUGUCGAGUGCGAAAUAACGGUUUGUUAUCAAGACUGAUCUGGAACUUUCUACACGCAGCCCCUCCCUCACCCAUAAUACACUGCGCGCCGCUUCAUCCAUUCUUCUCCACCCUGCAACAUGUCGAUGAUGGAGGGUCCGCUAAACGUGCUCGGCCAGAGAACGACCGGCGAGUCCGUUCGGACUCAAAACGUCAUGGCCGCAUCGUCCAUCGCAAACAUCGUGAAGAGCUCUCUAGGACCCGUAGGACUCGACAAGAUGCUGGUGGAUGACAUAGGAGAUGUGACCAUCACCAAUGACGGUGCCACCAUCCUGAAGCUCCUGGAGGUGGAGCACCCGGCAGCGAAGGUCCUCUGUGAACUGGCAGAGCUGCAGGAUAGGGAAGUUGGAGAUGGCACAACAUCAGUGGUUAUCAUCGCUGCUGAGCUCCUGAAGAGUGCAGAUGAGCUGGUAAGACAGAAGAUUCACCCCACCUCCAUCAUCAGUGGAUACAGACUGGCCUGCAAGGAGGCGGUGAGAUACAUCAAUGAGAAUCUGACCAUCAGCACUGAUGACCUGGGCAGAGAGUGUCUCAUCAACGCUGCAAAAACGUCCAUGUCUUCCAAGAUCAUUGGAGUUGAUGCUGAUUUUUUUGCCGACAUAGUGGUGGAUGCCGCCCUGGCUGUUAAGUUUGUUGAUGGUAAAGGUGUUGCACGCUAUCCCAUCAACUCUGUGAACGUGUUAAAGGCUCACGGACGUAGUCAGAAAGAGAGUUUCCUCGUCAAUGGAUAUGCACUCAACUGCACUGUCGGAUCACAAGGAAUGGUGAAGCGUGUGUCCGGUGCCAAGAUAGCCUGCCUGGACUUUAGCCUGCAGAAGACCAAGAUGAAGCUCGGCGUUCAGGUUGUCAUCAAUGAUCCAGAGAAGCUCGAUCAGAUCAGACAGAGGGAAUCAGACAUCACUAAAGAGCGCAUUCAGAAAAUUCUGGCGUCCGGUGCGAAUGUUGUCCUCUCAACAGGCGGCAUUGAUGAUAUGUGUCUGAAGUAUUUUGUGGAUGCUGGAGCCAUGGCAGUAAGAAGAGUGCUGAAGAAGGAUCUCAAACGCAUCGCCAAAGCAACCGGAGCAACUGUUUGCUCAUCUCUGUCCAACCUGGAGGGAGAGGAAACGUUUGAGGCAGCCAUGUUGGGUCAGGCAGAGGAGGUCCUGCAGGAGAGAGUGUGUGAUGAUGAACUCAUCCUUGUCAAGAACACAAAAGCUCGUACAUCUGCCUCUAUAGUCUUGCGUGGCGCAAACGAUUUCAUGUGUGAUGAAAUGGAGCGUUCUCUGCAUGAUGCUCUGUGUGUUGUGAAGAGGGUUCUGGAGUCUAAAUCUGUGGUACCAGGAGGUGGCGCUGUAGAGGCAGCACUGUCAAUUUAUCUGGAGAACUAUGCCACCAGCAUGGGCUCCCGUGAGCAGCUGGCUAUUGCUGAGUUUGCUCGCUCUAUGCUCGUCAUUCCUAAAACUCUGGCAGUGAAUGCUGCACAAGACUCCACUGACCUGGUGGCCAAACUCCGAGCCUUCCACAAUGAGGCUCAAGUCAACCCUGAACGCAAGAACCUCAAAUGGAUCGGAUUGGACCUGGUCAAUGGAAAGCCACGAGAUAACAAACAGGCGGGUGUGUAUGAACCAACGAUGGUUAAAACGAAAAGUCUGAAGUUCGCCACCGAGGCAGCGAUCACCAUCCUUCGAAUCGAUGACCUUAUCAAGCUCUUCCCUGAUCAGAAAGAAGGCGGGCCCUCCUACCAGGACGCCAUCCAAUCAGGCUCGCUGGAAGGAUAAAAUCCAUUUGCAUUGAAUCUGGAGUCAUUUUGUUCAGCUUUGUAUUUAUGUCUGAAUCCAACUGAUGGGCUCUUAGUGUAGACCGUGCACUUUGUUUACUUUUUGCUAAUAUAGUAACAUGUUUGAUUUUCUCCAUUUCAACCAUAAUAAAGCAGAAUCUGUUGA